AUGACCGCAACCAUCAUGCCCGCCAACCUCACCCCAAAGUUCAUGCAGGAUGGUCAACUCCAACCAGACGACCUGUGGCCGCUCGGGUUUGUGAACCAAUGCCAACAGGUGAGCACCUCCUUUGAGCCCAACUAUCGGUCGUCGUCGAGGUCGAUUCUAUGGGCCAUCGUGUUGACGUACGGGUGGCGGUUUGCCUUUGUCGGGUUGCUGCAGCUAGGCGCCAUCGGUGGCACAUUGCUUGGGCCAUGGGUGCUGCGGCGGAUUCUGUCGGCCGUGGAAUCCACUUCAGACAAGUCGUCCUUUGACGUAGCAUCGAUCCUACAGUUGAUCACGCUCUUGUUCGUGGUCAAGGUGGUCCAAGCUGUGGUGUCCGCACGCGCCAACCUGGAGAACCAAGUGAUUGCGGUUCGCAUCACGUCGGCACUGCAGCAUUUGCUCUUCCAGAAAGCCGUGGCGCUGGAUGCAAGGUGUAGAAGAGAUAAAUCCGCCGGGGAAAUCGCUAACUUGUUCAGCAACGACAUCCAGUGGAUCAUCAACUUUUCCGUGUUUGCCAACCAGUUAUGGCUCAUUCCGGUGCAGGUUCUCGCGACCACGACGAUGCUGUACGACAUCAUUGGGUGGGCCACGUUUCUCGGCACGACGCGUUCAGUGUUCAUGGACCGCAAAGAUCGCCGCAUGAAGUGCGUCAACCAAGUAUUUGGCGCCAUGCAAACCAUCAAGUUCAAUGCCUGGGAAGACAAAUUUGGAGCGAAAUUAACCGACACGCGGGACGCCGAACUUUCAACCUUAUGGCGCAUCUUCACACUAGCCAGCGCUAGCACCGCAGUGCUGUAUCUUGGGCCGGUCCUCGUGACCAUCGUGUCGUUUGCCACGUACACGAUCCUGAUGCACCAGCAGCUCACCGCCACAAAAAUGUUUACCGUGCUCACCCUGUUCAACCUGCUCAAGUUUCCGUUGAGCGGUCUCCCUGCCAUCGUAGCCAGCAUGAUGCAAGCACUGGUAGCCGUGCGUCGAUUCACAGAGUUCCUCAGCCUCGACGAAAAGAAUCCGUCGAAUUUGUGGACACCUACGACUACACCUUCACAUCAGGUAGCAGGAUACAAAGCGCAAAACAUGGACAUUGUCAUGGAAAACGCCAGCAUUGGCUGGGACGCUGCCAAGCCCCUCUUCAAGGACGUCAACUUGAAGGUCAAGCGAGGCGAGUUUGUGGUCGUGCAUGGCUCGAUGGGCGAAGGCAAGUCGUCGCUGUGUGCCGCCUUGUUGGGCGAAAUGGACAAGUACGAAGGAACCGUGUUUGUGGGGGGUCGCGUCGCGUACUUUUCGCAGCAAGCGUGGAUUCAAAACAUGUCCGUCCGCGAAAACAUCCUCUUUGGCCACCCCUAUGACCGCGUCAAGUACAACAACGUGUUGGCAGCGUGUGCGUUGUCGAAAGACCUGACGCUGUUUCCGGCCGGCGACCGAACCGAGAUUGGCCAGAAGGGGGUCAACUUGUCUGGCGGCCAGAAGGCUCGCAUCAGCUUGGCCCGGGCGUGCUACAGCGACGCCGACAUUUUCAUCUUGGACUCGCCGUUGUCCGCCGUGGACGCGAUCGUGCAAAACGAGAUUUUCACCAAGUGUUUGCUCGGAUUGCUUCGUCACAAGACGAUAGUGUUGGUGACGCACUCGCCGGAAAUCAUCGCGUCCAAGUUUAUCGACCGUAUUGUCGAAGUUAAGGACGGCAAGUUGGUGCAAAAGGUGGUGGCAAAGGACGCCAAUCAUCCGAUUCUGGUGGCACCACUAGCUGCCCGCAAGGGCUACACGGCGACGGACGAAGACGUAGACUUGGAAUCGUCGCCGCCAUCGUCUUUCACCGACAACGUUUCGCUGAUUACCCCCACGUCGACGACUCCAUUUCCUGUGAAUUUUGAGACCCAGUUGUUUACGCCGGCGGUGGAAUUCUCGGGGCAGACUUUCGACGAAAAUCCAGUCGCGUCUGGCCGUCUUGUCUUGGACGAAGUACGAUCCAAGGGUCGCGUAUCGGCCAAAGUGUUCGAGGGGUACAUGCAAGCGGCCGGCGGUUGGUGGGUGUUUGCUUCGUGGAUGGUGUACUUGUCCAUCUGGCAGAGCCUGACGGUGGCCGGGGACAUGUGGCUGAGCCGAUGGAGCGGCACGGCAGCGGUCGUGUCGGACGCCACAUUUCUCGACCAAUCGGGGUUCUACAUGGCCAUUUACGCGAGUCUGUCUGUCGGUGCCGUGGCCAUGACUGUGUUUCGCACGCUGUCGAUAUACGCCUCUGGAAUCCGCGCCUCUCGCACGUUGUUCAACCAAAUGACCACGUCCCUCCUUCGUGCCCCCAUGUCGUUCUUCGACACGAACCCGUUGGGCCGGGUGCUGAACCGAUACAGCAAUGACAUGAACACCGUCGACAUGGGACUACCGUUCGGCCUCUCGGGGCUCACCGCCACCGCGUUCAUUACGCUGUUUUCGCUGGGCACGAUGAUUUACGUGAUCCAGUACAUGGGGCUGCUGCUGCUCCCGCUUCUGUACGCGUACGCGGCCAUCGGCCGCUUCUACGUACAACCUGCCCGGGAAAUGGAACGCGUCAACAAAACGACCAAGUCGCCGCUGUUGAAUUUGAUCUCCGAGUCGAUUGAAGGCGUGCUGGUGAUUCGCGCGUUUGGCGACAAGCAACUGCGCCGGUUCCAGCGCCAACACUACCGCAACGUCGACACCAACAACGAAGCCGCCUUUGCUUCCCAAGUGCUGUCCAUGUGGUUUUCCCUGCGCAUGCAAUUGACCAGUGCGUUUGUGCUGCUUGUUGUGGCGUCUUCUUUGGUGGUGCUGCGCGACUACUUGAGUGCGGGGCUGAUUGGUCUCGCGCUGAACUACGUGUUUACUGUGCUCGGCAACUUCGAGUGGAUUGUGACCCAAUGGUCCCAGAUGGAGACGGCCAUGGUCGGCCCCGAACGGGUCUCAGAGUACUGUAGUAUCGAACCGGAACCCCCGCGCGUGAUUUCCGGCGCUGUGGCCAAGGACUGGCCCACGAAUGGCGACAUUGCGUUUACCAACAUGAGUUUCCGGUACAAAGAGAACGACCCACUGGUGCUCAAGGACGUGAAUGUGCACAUUCAAUCCGGUGAAAAGGUCGGCAUUGUGGGGCGGACGGGAGCUGGCAAGAGCAGCCUGACCAUGGCGCUGUUCCGCAUCAACGAACUGGCUGGAGGCAGCAUCAAGAUCGACGGUGUCGACAUCUCCCGCGUCGGUGUGAAGACGCUGCGCAGUAGCAUUGCUAUUAUUCCUCAGACUCCCGUGCUGUUUAAAGGCCCGCUGCGCAACUACUUGGACCCGUUUGGAGAGUUUGGUGAUGCCGACUUGUGGGGGUGCUUGGACAAGGUGCGUCUGGCUGAUCGCAUCGGAGGUGUGGAGGGCAAGUUGGACAGUCCCGUGGAAGAAAACGGAGAGAAUUUUAGCGUGGGGGAGCGGCAGAUGUUGUGCAUGGCGCGGGCACUGCUCCGCCAAGCGCGCAUCGUCGUGAUGGACGAAGCCACGGCGGCCAUCGACCACGAGACGGACCAGAACUUGCAGCGCGUGAUCCGCACCGAGUUUGCGUCGUCGACGGUGCUCACGAUCGCCCAUCGUCUGGACACGGUGCUGGACGCCGACCGCAUUAUUGUGUUUGACCAAGGCCGAUUGGCCCAAUGCGACAUCCCCGCGGCGUUGAUCGACGCUGGCGCCGGUAUCUUCUUUGAAUUGUGUCACGAGGGCGGGUACUUGGACAAAGUCGUCAGUAGCCAAUCAGUAGAGUAAGUCGUAGGGCAUGGAGAGUUGUACUGUACACAUAACGUUAGUUAUUCUUUUUUGGUAUA